AUGAAGAGGAGUCCUGGUUCGAGGUCCCAUGGAACCAGGGCUCCCUUGGGACAUAGCGGAGCCCGAUCCCCUCAGUUCGCCUCGAGCCGGAUUCCCUCAGUGAGCCGAGCCGUCUCAGCCAUCUGCAAUCGCAGGCCGGAGUCUCCCUGCAUGGUGGAGUUUGUCGGGGGAAAAAUGCGCUGGCGCUUUGUGGAAGAGGACUUCCUUGAGCCGGAGUCGCCAGCCAGGCGCCAGGUGCCAAAGAUGCAGAGUCAUCAGAGUCGCAGCCAGCCGAACUUGCAUGACGUCACGAUUGCUGCCGGGUGGGGUGAGAAAUCGGAGAAAGAGCGAAGACUCGCCAAGCUCGUUUCCAAACUAGGAUACUGCCCAGGUUUGCCGAGACGUGGCUUCGAAUCUCGAUUAAGCAGCUUCCUUCCGGCUGAAUUUCGAGCCGGGUCCUUCAGCAACUAUCGACCGAAGCCUCCACCGCAGAAAUCCAGCUACUCUGGAGAUGUGAACCUGGAGACCCGGCAAAACCUCCGCAUUCUGGAGUUGCCGCCAGAUGGUGACCGGCUGGUUGUCAGACGCUGGGGUCCAGGAUUCUUCGAGUUGCCACCGAAACCAAGCCCGGACAGUGCUCCGAGAGGCAUGGACCAGCCAAAACCCUUUGUGUCCCAUGGCAAUCCCUCUCCUGACAUAGAGUCUUCCUUGCCAUGA